GCAUAAGCUGUCUGUGUUGGGUUGUCUUACACCACUAGUGACUACUGGGUGAUCUCACACACUGUUGGCCCUCUCCGUCGACUGAAACUCCAACAGACGCAGCAACUGAAGAUGACUUGGGACGGAGGAUUCGAGCCCAAUGGCACAGAGGGCAAGAACUUCUACAUCCCCAUGUCCAACAGGACUGGGAUUGUCAGAAGUCCUUUUGAAUAUCAACAGUAUUAUUUGGCAGAUCCCAUCAUGUUCAAGCUUCUAGCUUUCUACAUGUUUUUCCUGAUCUGCACCGGAACUCCCAUCAACGGCCUGACGCUGCUGGUAACAGCCCAGAACAAGAAACUCCGGCAACCUCUCAACUACAUCCUGGUCAACCUGGCCGUGGCCGGACUCAUCAUGUGCGCCUUCGGAUUCACCAUCACCAUCACCUCAGCUCUUAACGGCUACUUCAUCCUCGGAGCCACUUUCUGCGCUAUUGAAGGAUUCAUGGCCACACUUGGAGGCGAAGUUGCUCUCUGGUCCCUGGUCGUCCUGGCUGUUGAGAGAUACAUUGUCGUCUGCAAACCCAUGGGCAGCUUCAAGUUCUCUGGAACUCACGCAGCAGUUGGAGUCGCUUUCACCUGGAUCAUGGCUUUUGCAUGUGCUGGUCCCCCACUCUUUGGCUGGUCCAGGUACCUUCCCGAAGGCAUGCAGUGCUCCUGCGGACCGGACUACUACACCCUGGCCCCAGGCUUCAACAACGAAUCAUACGUCAUCUACAUGUUUGUUGUCCACUUCUUCCUUCCCGUCUUCAUCAUCUUCUUCACUUAUGGAAGCCUCGUGCUGACAGUCAAGGCCGCUGCAGCCCAGCAGCAGGAGUCCGAGUCAACCCAGAAGGCUGAAAGGGAAGUGACGCGCAUGUGCGUCCUGAUGGUCUUUGGCUUCCUGGUAGCUUGGACACCAUAUGCCACUUUCGCUGGCUGGAUCUUCUUGAACAAGGGAGCUGCCUUCACCGCCCUGACUGCAGCCAUACCUGCCUUCUUUGCAAAGAGCUCCGCCUUGUACAACCCCGUGAUCUACGUGCUGCUGAACAAACAGUUCCGUAACUGCAUGCUGACCACUAUUGGAAUGGGCGGCAUGGUGGAGGAUGAGACCUCAGUUUCCGCCAGCAAGACAGAGGUGUCCUCUGUGUCUUAAUCAUGAUGACAUCCUCACGCCUGUGGACAUUUUCCUUACCGAUUGCUUCCAGAUUUCAAAAGAUCACAUUAAGGAAAAAAUGUCUUGAACAUUUGCCAAACGGAUUUAUGGAUUUGGUGAACGGACUCUGGGCAAAACACACAAAGGAAUGCCGCCUCAUCUGUUCAUAUGUAUAAAAAAAAGAAGUGUAAAGAAACUCAUUUUCUGUGAAGGGUUAUCUUGUGCAGAAUCUGUGUGAGUGUGUGUGUGUGUGUGUGUGUGUGUGUGACUGAGUGUGAAUGAACUGUGUUUCACUUAAAAGCAAGUGAUGACACCUCAACUCGCAAGUGGAACUGUAAACCUUCUGAAGUGUGACAGCACUUUCUGCUGUGAUGAAAGUGUAAUCACACAUUCUGCGGGGAGCAUAUGUUUUACUGGUCUACCAGAAACUCUAUUUUUAUGUAUUUUAUGAAAUAGGAAAAUAAUAUAGGAUCGGGUAGAUAAUAAAUGCAUACAUAAAAAGAAA